AUGCGAUUCACCACCCUCAUCCUCACAUCCCUCGCCACAGUGGCCCUCGCAUCCCCCCUCGCGGACACCAACAACAACGGCAACGCCGACGCCCUCGAGGAGCGAGCCCCCAUCAACGUCCUCUGCUCCUGCGCUGCCACCUCCUCCUGCGGCUGCAACAGCGUCAUCGCCGGCUCCUGGUGCGUCUGCAACGGCGACGCAAAGGGCAGCUGGAACGCCGCCCCUUGCCAGGGUAGUACUUCCUGCGGAUGCUCGGGCUUGGGCAAGUGGGGUGUUUGCGAGAUUGUCUAA